AUGGGAACGCCGUCUGGGUACGAGGGCGAAACCGCUGACAUGGAUCGGACAUUUGGGCUAACUGAAGCGCUGCCUGAAACACGUCUAGUAAAUCGUAAGGGGGACUGUGCACGGACGAAGUCCAUAGCAUCAGUGACUGUCAUGCGCUUGGAUUUCGACCGAUCCGUUUGUGGAGAGGUGGAGGUGGACGGGAUGGAAUACAUGUCUGUAGCCUCUUCCGAUAUAGGGGCGAGAUGGACCAAGUGGUUAGAGCGCGAAUUUACUGACCGGAAGGUCCGUGGUUCGAACGUGACCUCUGCCUCUCGACUUCCCCUGCCUAGACUUGGGCAACCUGGCAGUAUCCCAGCCCUCGUGCAACCUUCGGGUGGUAUGGCAGUUAGGCACCGAAAGGAUGCUACAGCUGAACGUAUGCAGGACACAAAGACUGAAAUUAGAUUAAUUGAUACAAGACAAAUUUUCAAGACAGCUUCUGCCGUGGUUCAGGAGAUCCACAUAAAAAUAAAUAAUGAAUCGUUCAACUGUAACACCCUUCUGGUACCUAGCUGCUAUGCCACCCGAAGGAGGCACGAGGGCUGGGAUACCAACAGGAUGCCAAAGCCUAGACAGGGAAAAUCGAUAGGUCGAGGUCGGGUUCGAACCACGGACCCUGCGGUCAUAUGCCACAUUAACCAGUCAAUGCACGCAUUCUCCAUGGCAUCAUUCAGAGAAACCUGGAUGGUAGUGCCGACUAGGUAG